CUUAAGCCUGAUGAAAACAGAAAUCAUUGACCUCUUUUUACAUUUUGCUAGAUGCUGAAUGCAGCUGGGGUGGAAACAAAUUGAAAUCACCAGAUCUGUCCGCAGUUGAGAUGUGCCAAUUAGUUAAACCUCUGAAAGUCAUUAUCGUAGACACUCAUAUUCACACGCAUAGUUGUACUGUUUUACAAAUCAUAAUUAAUAACAAUUUUAUAAUUGAUUAAUGACGUUGGACUUCAUUGAGUGUGUGUCUCUGUGUAUCGCAUCUCUGAUAAAAAUCGAAUUGAAACUCUCUGCCGCCUCUACAGUAGCUCAGAAUUUAUUAUAGCAGUGCACAUCGUUCAGCAUCCACUUGCAGCGCGCCAUCAUCACGCCAUUUGGUAUGAAAAGACGGUUAUAAUAACGAUGAGACACGGAGCUCAUCAAUAUUAGAAGAGUCUUUAAUGAACUCAGACCGUAAAAGACACUCCUCCUGCUCCCAGCUCCGACUGCUCCGCUCCCGCACCCACUCGAUACGCGGGAGGAAAUUCAUAGCCCCAUCUUUAUCAGUAUCAGUAUCGCCUUGAAGACAAAGAGAGCGCCGCGAAUGAAGAUGUGCUCCGAUAGCAGGAGAAGCCAGACUUAAAGUCACUAUUUUUUGCAGUCGUGCUCGCCAGGAGGAAGACAGGCACCGGUCCUUGGAGACUCUUCGGGGAUGCGCAAAGAUGUGAGAGUAAAAAGCGAGAGGCAUUGUGAUUGGACAUACUCUUUCUAAAAGCAUCAGCCACGGCGAGGCAUGUUUGCUCCAGCCAGAGCAUCAACGAGGUGGCAUCAAACUUGAAUGCGACGGGUUCUUGGUCUGCACAGUGGAUGCGUCUACAACGUCAAAGAUAAACUUGCAUCAUUUCCCCCAAAGAGGCGGACGCGCUUUCCCUGGUGCUGAAACAGAACGACUUGGCUGCCCAACUAGUGAAGAAGAGGAAGACACUCUCACCUCCACACCACCUGCUUCUAAGCUUCAUGGUAUUUGGUCGCUUUAAGAAGAACUUAUUACAUUAGCGUCUGACUGUGCCGCAUCAUGCUGUGGAUGAAGUGGAAGAUGGUGGUAGACUCCCCAUGUGGACGGAGAAGGAGGAUGCCAUGUCCCCUCUGGUUCCUCCUGCUGUUCGCCGCUGGAGGUCUGGUUCUUUUCAUCCACCAGCGGAAUCUGUCAGAGAUGGUCCUACAGCAAGGUCCAGGCGUGAAGCUUGGAAUCACUCCUCGGCAGUCCAGAGAGACUCUUUCAACGGAGAACAGAAAGAGAGGCAAAUCUGACAAUUAUCAGGACCAUCAAGCAACAGGAGGCAUCUUAUCCAGCCAGAUUCCUCCGAUGCAGUUCCCACACUUCGAGGAGAUGAGACAGACGGCCACUCCUGGGUCUCAGGAGCAAGAUAUGAGCACCCUUAAUGUCUCCAAAAGACAGCGUAAACUACUAAAAACAAGUCCCCCGAUCAGUCACACCAAAAAUAAUUCUUCUACAUCCUCAUCCUCUUCAUCCCCUUCCUCCUCAUCCUCAGUCUCCUCCUCCUCUGCCUCAGGCUCUUUUUUCCCUGAUAUGCAGGAAGCACGCCGAAAACUGAUGAAGGAGGUGUGUGCUAAGUACAAAAGCAGCAUCUCCAAGACCAUCACACAACAUCACGUGAAAAAUCUCUUUGUGGAGGACAAGUACAAGCUGUUGUACUGCCAGGUGCCCAAGGCAGGCUGCUCCAACUGGAAGAGGACCCUGAUGGUGCUGGCAGGCCAGGCCCGCAAUGCUCAAAGCAUUAAACAUGACACAGUCCACGAUGGCCAACAUGUCAAGAGACUUGAUGUCUUUAGCCAUCCAGAAAUUAUGCGGCGUCUGGAGACCUACACCAAAAUCAUAUUUGUCCGAGAACCCUUGGAGAGAAUGGUGUCAGCAUACAGGGACAAGUUUGAAAAUCCUAACAUCUACUACCACUCCUCUUUUGGGAUACCAAUCAUUUCUAAGUACAGGGCAAACCCAUCCUCGGAAGCCUUGAAGACAGGCGACGGGGUUACAUUCAAGGAGUUUGUGCAGUACCUGCUGGAUGUCCACCGGCCCGUGGGAAUGGACAUCCACUGGGAGCAGAUGAAUCAACUCUGUAACCCUUGUCUCAUAAACUACGACUUCAUUGGCAAGUUUGAAAACAUGAAGGAAGAGUCCAACUUUGUCUUGCGAUUGUCUGGGGCACCUCCCAACAUCACACUGCCCAGUUUUAAGGAUAGGAACCCAAAUGAUAUGAGGACCUCUGUGCAGAUCACAGAAAAAUACUUUUCACAGGUCAGUAUGUUGGAGAGACAACGAGUCUAUGACUUGUACUACAUGGACUAUCUGAUGUUUAACUACUCCAAGCCUUUUAAAGAUUUAUAUUGAUCAACUCCUAUCAAGUCGCUUGAAUCACGGUCACAUUCCACUUUGUCUUCACCUCUGCCAUGAUAGAAAUCUUAACAUCAAAAGGCUCAUUCACAUGCUCACAUGGAUCUUUGCAUCUAAGCAGAGAGAUCAGAGACCAAACUUUCUCUGAAUUCGCAAAAGCUGCUUUUUAUGAAUACAUUUCUACCAGAUUAUCCUACUUUUUAGACAACUCUGAGAUGAAAAGGUACAUGUGACAUAUUAAUACUAAAGUAGUUGUGAAAUGCAAGUUAUUUAUUCACUACUGGCACAUGGUGAGGUAGAAUAUAAAAAUCCUAAAUGUUGUGCUUCUAAAAAAGCAUUAAUUAUUGUUCAACAGGCUUUAAAUUAUGCCUUACUGUAAGUCAAAUAGCAUACGCAAAUGUGUUUUAUUAUGGUUUGAUUUAUAGUAGGCACCACAUGGAUGGGAUUUAAUAUAGGUUCCAAUUACAUUCCUAAAUUCAGAAGUGAUUUCAGUAUACAGUCCUUAAAUCACUUCUUUACCCCUUGUCAUUAGAAUAAUCCCAGAAUAUAUAUGAAUGCAGUUGCAUUAGUUUUUGGUUAACCUACAAUUUAUUCAAACAAACAAACAAAACCUUUUUUUUAUUUGACAUAUUUGCAUUUACUUUUUGACUUACAGAUAGUUAGGCAUCAGUAUACCUCUAUGUAUCAAUGCAUACUAAUACAGAUAUUUAAUAUAAAUGGUUUUACUAAACAUAAACCGUAACAAAAUGAAACACUAUAAAUAGUAUAAAUCUUUAAAUCAGUGUCAAGUGCUGCCCACUCAGAAGCUGUGGGCACUUACUGUAGCAUUUUUGUACUUCUAACUUUGUCAGUUAGGUUUGUUCUUUAAUCUAACACAUAUGUGUGCUGUCAGUCCUCAAUCACUAAAAGUAUUUACUUGGGUGGCCAUUGUUCAAUGCAGGACAUUUAGCUACUUCCAGUACAAAAUGUUCUUGCCAAUCCCUCUUAAAGCCUGUUAGUAUUACAAACUUAUUCAGUCUCUCUAGAGUCUGUUGACAGCAUUGGCAACCAAAUGGAUAAAAGUUGCAAAAAUCAGGACUAAAAAACCCGCACAAAAAUAGAUGUAUGAACUUGUGGUUUGUGACAGUCUAAAUAAGUAAGAUUUUGACAUUUUGACUGGAUGCAAAAAAAGAAAACAGCGUGCCCAAACUCCAUCUAUCACUCUAAACACCCCAUGAACAGCUAUCACUUCCAAAUCUCACACUGUCAACAACUCCGUACCCUCUGUAUGUAUUACAUCUAUUCCACACUAUCUUAUAGGCUUUUUACUGACACUACUGUGUAAAAUUGUAUAAUGGGCAUUCAGAUGACUAUAUAUUUUUCUAUGUAUUUCUAAAAUAUAUAUAUUCAGUGCUUCUUGGUGAAGGUAUGUUUAUUUCCUUUUUUGAUGUCAUUGAUUGUUAUUUCAGUAAUAUCAGUGUAGAGUGUUGUGCAACAGAAGAGUUUCUUUCCAAAACAAAAUAUCCACCAGCUGAAAACCACAAGUCGAACUGUCAAGAGACAAGAUGACUGCAAGUAAUUGUGGUACCAUUUAAAGUGAUGAAGAUAACUAAGUCUGAUUGAUGAACUGAAACCACUCGGUGCUUUGGAGGUACCAAAAGCUUUUUUAAUGAAAAUGGAUAUAUAUAAUUUUGGAAAUUAGCUCUUUAAGUACUUAUCCCUAAUCUGUUUGGUCUCUCAAUAGGAUAAUAGACCCUGUACAGAUGAGCUGCAUUCCACCUAUUUACCCAUCAUGGCUAAUGACAUUUUUACCCACAGCAACUCCACUGUGUGAAUGUGCUUAUGUGUGUGUGUGUGUGUGUGUGUGUGUGUGUGUGUGUGUGCUAAAACGCACACUGGAGAUACAGUAUCCUGUGUGUAACAUUUCUAGAUUGCUAUAUUCCCAACACACCACCCUGUUGAGCACUAAAGUCAUGAAGUCACUUUUUUGCAGUUCAGACCACGUAACAAUGUGCACCUGUGGAAACAGACAGACAAUUCUUAGGUCCUGGGCACUCUAACAUAUUUACAUUAGGGAUCUAUUAUAUCCCUUUAUGUUAGAUUAAAAUUAACCAGGUCAAAUUAGAUAUGCGGUUAAAAUGAAACAUAACCAUUCACCAGAUAAUCAUGUACUGUAAAUCUUCAAGAUUAUAUUGACUGAAUGGAGUCCUCAGCCAAGCUUAAAAUAUUCCUGAUUCACAGUUUAAGCUUACUGCACAGUGAGUGCAAUGAAGUGACUAAAUAUGAUAACGAAGACACCAGAUUAAUAGAUGCAAAGGAAUACUUGUGUGGGUUAAAUGUACAAAGAAAUGCCUUGAAUAAACAUAAUCCAAAAUGAACCAUUAAAUCAAGAUAACAAAGUCUGGCUACAACUGAAGUGUGCAGAAGUAUAUUUUUUACAAGGGCACGAUGCAAAGAGCUAUUGUGAUGCUGGGAACAACCUAUGUCUAGUUUCCUAUGGUAGCAGUCACUAUUCAGCUAUAUGCUUUGCAGCUCACUUGAAAUGUGUUUUAUGUGACAAAAUACUUUAUAAAGAGACAUAUUUACUUAUGGGUAAAGGGAAUUCAUAUUAUUUAAAUCUAUACACACUAUAAUCAACUUUUGAAGACCUUUUGGUGAUAUUACCCUUUCACAGUGAUGGUAAUUGUAUGAACCUUUGUCAGUAUAGCGUGUUUUGCUUUCGCAAUUCCAAAAAUUAAUCUUUGUUUAGAUUGUGGAUUCUGUAGGUAUAGCCAAGCUCUGGCCAAAACUGCUACUGCAUGAGUAUUACUCUUGCAAAUACUCUGUCAGUCCCUGCCCCCUGCUAACAAAGUUUUCUUAUGUGGGUGUAUGGACAGAUUUAUCAAAAGCAUAAUUACAGUAACAAGUGAAUGUAUAACUGUUUAUUGUUGGUGCAAAAGUGUAUAAAAUAUGAUCUUAAGCCCUCUGCCUUAUUUUACACUGCCAAUCAAAUGGUGUAUUUCAGGAAGACAUUCUUCAGGUGGUUAUUAUUUCUGAC